AUGACAUAUAUCUUGGUGGAAGUAGAUUAUGUCUCCAAAUGGGUUGAGGCAAUUGCUUUGCCGAACAAUGAGGCAAGAAGUGUAACUGCCUUCUUGAAGAAGAACAUAUUUACUUGGUUUGGAAUCCCAAGGGCCAUCCUUAGUGAUGGUGUCAAGCGGUCAAUUGAAUUCUCCAACCGGGAGAUCAAAAACGUUCCAGCAAAAACUGUUAAUGCAAACAGAAUUGACUGGUCAAAGAAGCUAGAUGAUGCAUUGCGGGCUAAUCGAACAUCAUUUAAGACACCCAUUGGCACCUCACCUUAUCGAUUGGUUUUUGGUAAGGCUUGUCACUUGCCAGUGGAAGUUGAACACAAAGCCAUGUGGGCAUUAAAAAAGUUAAAUCUUGACUGGGCCGAAGCUGCUAAUUUAAAGAUGACACAACUCAACGAGAUGAAAGAGUUCAGUUUCCAUGCAUACGAGAAUGCAACCAUGUAUAAAGAAAGAAUGAAGUUUGCUCAUGACAAGAAGAUUUUGAAGCGGGAAUUCAAAUUCGGUGACUUGGUCUUACUCUUCAACUCAAGAUUGAAGUUCUUUCUGGGAAAACUCAAUUCCAAAUGGUCUAGCCCGUUCAAAGUUUUGAGUGUGUCUUCCUAUGGUUCUAUUGAAUUAGAAUUCGAGGACGGGACUAGAACAUUCAAAGUAAAUGGCCAAAGGGUCAAGCAUUACCUCGGAACCAUUGGAGAAAGGCAACUGAUAGAACAAUUCGCACUCAAGGAUGGUCCUGUACCAAUCCCCACCACUGAUUAG